AGCGGUUUAGGCUCCGUAACCCCCAGCUUAGGCAGGGCGCAUGCCCGCUCCUCUGCCUCCGAGUACCUGUUGGUCAGUCUGGAGCUUCUUAGCCCUGCUGUGUCUGGACACAGAUCACAGUGGAGAGUCGAACCAACAUGAGCUUUACCAUCGAGGAGAGAGGCAGGCCCAACACCCAGGAGUACAGGGUGUAUUUCAAAAACUCAGAGGGAAAAUAUAUCUCUCCCUUUCAUGAUGUACCCAUAUAUGCAAAUGAAGCGGAGAACAUUUUUCAUGCCGUUGUGGAAGUUCCAAGAUGGACAAAUGCAAAGAUGGAGAUAGCCACUAAGGAUCCUCUGAAUCCAUUAAAACAAGAUUUGAAGAAGGGGAACCUUCGAUAUGUAGCCAACGUGUUUCCCCACAAAGGCUACAUCUGGAAUUAUGGGGCUAUUCCACAGGCGAGUAGAUUUCACACAUGGGAAGACCCUAACCAUAAAGACAGUGACACAGGAUGCUGCGGAGACAACGACCCUAUUGAUAUCUGUGAUAUAGGAAGCAAGGUGUGCUCUCGGGGAGAUAUAAUCAAAGUGAAGGUUUUGGGAACUCUGGCUUUGAUCGAUGAGGGUGAAACGGACUGGAAGGUCAUAGUGAUCAAUACUGAAGACCCAGAAGCUGGCAACUUUAAUGAUAUCGACGAUGUUAGGCGGCUGAAGCCAGGAUAUCUGGAGGCAACUGUUGAUUGGUUUAGAAGAUACAAAGUCCCAGAAGGGAAACCUGAAAACCAGUUUGCUUUUAAUGGAGAGUUCAAAGAUAAGGACUUUGCCAUAAAAACAGUGAAAACCACACAUGAAUUUUGGAAGGCACUGAUAUCAAAGAAGAGCAAUGCUGGCGAGAUUAACUGCAUGAACAGCGGUGUCUCUGACAGUCCGUUCUGCUGCUCUGCUGGGGAUGCAGAGGCUGUGGUUAAAUCUGCAAGUGCUUUCGGACCCGAAGACCCUUUUCCAAGCUCAGUUGACAAAUGGUACUACUAUGAGAAGUGAGACUGUAAGACUGAAAACCCCCCAAGAAGAUUUCUGUCUUCAAUCCAGCUCAUGAGAUUUGCAGACUAGCAGUACAAAAAACCCACUGGAAUUGUGAAGCACAUUGUAACUUUCAGAGUGUGUGAAAGCAAUCGAAUGAUUUAUACAUGAUCUUUCUUGACAAUACGCAGAUAUCAAGUACACUAAAUAAUGUAGUGCAAUAAAUCAUGUUAAAUUGAACAACA